CCUGCCUGAAGGUCAGCUUCAGUGUAUUUGGCCAGAGACAAGCAGCUGAGCUUGUAACUUUCUCACGCGCGACCUAGCCCUUCUAGACCAGCCGUUCUCUCAGCCAUGGCUCUUGCAGCAGCGGGGUCCGUCGCAGUCGCUCAAAUGCUGUCCAGCAGCGGCCUCAGGCCACAGCCCUUGUCUCUGGGCCAGCAGCAGCAGCAGCUGCUCUUCUCCCCUCAAAUCGCCACCAGCACGUCUUUUAGCGCCUCUCCCAGUGGCAGCCGCGUCGUUGCCGUGCGCGCGAAAGCCGGCUUCGGCACACAAUUCUUCAAGAAGCGCGCCGAGGAGGAGGAGGAGGAGGAGGAGGCCAACGACGGAACGCAGGUCUUUAAGAACUUCUUCUCCCCCCGAGUCGUGCAAGAAGACGACGAGGACGAAGAUGCCUCCCCGCAACAGACGCGCAAGUUCGCGGUUCCUGAGGAGAUCCCCGCCGCGCCGCAGGGCAUCUUCGGGCUCGUGAAGUUGCCGUUCGCCGCGCUGAUGCGCGGGCGGCCCGCGGACCGCAAGACGGUGUUCGUGGCAGGCGCGACGGGGCUGACGGGCGCGCGCGUGGUGGUGGAGCUGCUGGCGGCGGGCCUCAGCGUGCGCGCGGGCGUGGAGGACCUCAGCGACGCGCAGCAGCUCGCGGAGCUCGCGGCCAAGUACAAGGUGAUCACGGGCGAGGAGGCCAAGCGCCUCAACUUCGUCGAGUACUCGGCCUCCGACUCGGAGUUCACCGCCAAGUCCAUCGCUAACGCGGGCACCGUUGUAGUCACACUCGGCGCCGGCGAAAACGGCCCCAGCGGCAGCCUCGAGGUCGAGGAGGCGCUCUCCCUGGCGCGCGCCGCCAUCCUCGCGAACGCGCCGUCCUUCGUCCUCGUCUCCGACUUCGCCGCCGCACCCGCCGGCGUCGCGGUCAAGGGCAAGAAGGCCGGCGGCGGCGGCGGAGGCGGCGGGCUGAUCGCGACGAUCCUAGCGUUUUUCCGGUCGCUGGCGGGGCGGAAGGGCGAGUCUGCGUCGUACAGCGCCGUACUGUCGGAGCUGGUCGAGGCGGAGUCGCUGGAGUACACCGUGCUGCGCGUGGGGAGCUUCGAGGCGGACUCUAGCGCGUACAGGACGAACGUGGUGGUGGGGGAGGAAGGCAGCAUCUCCGUGGGAUCGGUGUCGCGAGUGCAGGUGGCGCAGGUGAUCGCCGCCAUCGCCGCCAACCCCGGACUCGCCGCCAACAAGGUGGUGGACUUGGUCGCAUCUGCAGGUGCUGAAGCUGCUGAUGUUGCUGAGCUGCUCGCUGAGAUUCCUGAGGAUCCGCGCCGGGCAGUGAAGAAGGAAGCGGCGGAGCGCGCGCAGGCGGAGGAGCAGCAGAAGCAGCUGCGCCUGAUGGCGGCGGCAGAGGCGGAGGCUGCCGUGGAGGAGGCCAGGCGCGCUGCUGAGAACGCUGCUGCUCUUGAGGCCCAGGCCAAGGCCCUGGCAGCUGAGGAGGCCCGUGCGGCAGCAGCAGCAGCCAAGGCAGCAGCGCGUGCCGAAGCUGCCUCUACCACCGUCGCAGGCAUCGAAACCAACCUCAAGCAAGCCGGUGCCUCCAUCCCUCCCCCGUCCUCCAAACCCGCUCCUGCUGCCGCUGCCGCUGCUGCCAUCCCCACCCCCUCCAUCCCCUCCUUCGCUGAUUUCACCAAGAAAAUCCCCACCCCGGAUAUAGCUGCUGCUGCCAGCUCUUUUGCUUCAGCUGCUUCUGCUGCUGCAUCCAAGGCCACCAGUGGAGGAACGGAGAAGGCUGUAGCUGCGGCGGCUGACGCCCCCAAGCAGAGGCGGCCGCUGAGACAGAGGCAAUCUAAGGCCCCUGCUGCUGCCGCUCCUGCUGCUCCUGCUGCUCCCAAGCAGCAGGCAGAGAAGCGCAAGGUGCUGGGCGGAUUUUUGGUGCAGGAGACGGUGUAUGCGGAUGAGGGCGCUGGGGACUUUUGAGCUAAGUGCGUCUUAGUAUGAGUGGGCUUAGCUCUCUAAGGCUUGGAAGCUGCUGCUGCUGCUGGUGGAGGAUAUAAGUUAUGACGGGCCCUAGGCCGGUGUGAGGUGGACUUUGGUGGUUGGCUGGGAGCUUUAUCGUAUCCCCCCGCCUUUCCCUUCGUGCAAGGGGAAGGGGGGCAGUAAGCAUGGAACACCUUAUAACCUCGAGGGCAGAAAGAGCAGAGUAGAAGGUAAAUACAAAGCUGGUUUAGGGUGUAACUUGUAACCAGUCAAGCAGCCUACUUCUGAGCGUUUUCACAUUGAACGGGCUCAUUACCAUUACUGGUACCACUCUCC